GUGGAUAUAAACCCUCACUACAAAUCCUAUAAUCUACCUGUCCGUUGCCAUGGAAACGCGUUGUUGUCUGUUCGCCAGGUGAGUGGCCCUGUGUCAGGUGACCAUGUUCGGGCCUCCGGUGGAUUUAUCCUUCAGACACAUCAGCAGUUUGGAAGAUGCGUGGCCGGAGGACCCCGGCGGCGCUCUGCGGCCUUUAAAGAGGAAUCCAGAGAAGAAGAGCGCGAGCCGCGGCCUGCGUCUCAACAACAACGACAUCGCCGACCUCCGUGACCUCCAGAGGACCGUCGGACACUUCCUGUCGGAGCCGUCGCAGCUGGCCUGGCUGGACCUGUCCUUCAACCGGCUGCCGCACGUCGACCACGUGCUGUGCGAGCUGCGUGCGCUGCGUGUGUUGUAUCUCCAUGGUAACGACAUCUUCAUCCUGUCGGAGGUCGACCGGCUGGGAGAACUUCCACAUCUACAGACGGUCACGCUGCACGGGAACAUGAUCGCUACCCACAGGAACUACAGGAAUCGCGUGGUUUCCGCUCUUCCUCAGUUGAAGACAAUGGACUUCAGCGCCGUGACGCCUCAGGACCGAGUCACGGCGACCAUCUGGCGCCGGAGCAGCGACCGCCGCCGCGGCAGCGGAGACACGCCGCGGCGAGCCGCACCAGAACCUCCCGAGUCCACUGGACCUCAGGUCCACGUCUGA